UGAAUUUUCACCUUAGGUAAUCAGCUACAUCGGUACCUCUAGUCCCUACUUGACGGUGUUGCGCACGCCCGUCCUUCCCAUUCCCCUCCAACCCACUGUCGAUAGAGCCCAUCGAGUUCGCUCGCUCGAGACCAUAUCGGUACUAUCUCUCCCGUGUUCGAAUCACCACUCCACGUAUCCGGAGGGGCUUGACAUCCGGCCAUGUCCGCUGACGACCAGCAAUUCCUGGACUUGCUUUCGUCCAUCCCCAACCAGAUUCGACGAUAUUCUGGUGAGGUCGCCGAGUAUAUCGACAAGGCCGUCGACCAGGCCGCUGACAAUAUUCGCGAUGCUCUGUCCUCGGCCGAGUGGGUGCCCGACUACCUGAGACCCAUACCCCCGGCCCGUCCGCCUCCUGUCGAGAUCGUGCCAGCUUCUACCUAUGAGCGACUGCAGAAUUGGUUCGCCCGCAACAAAGUCCUCGCUGGCAUCGUAGUGGUGGGCGUGGGAUAUGUCACCUAUAGGACAGUGCGCCACGGCAGGUUAACUCGCAAACCCCGCCGGGCGAAGCGUGCUCGGAAUGGCGGAAGACUCGAGGUCGUCGUCAUCGCCGGCUCGCCGUCCCUGCCGUUAACUAAAUCACUAUCUCUGGAUAUGGAGAGGAAGGGCUUUAUCGUCUAUGUUAUGUGCAACACCAUCGAUGAAGAAGUGAUCGUGCAGGGUCUAUCUCGGCCUGACAUCAAGCCGCUGGGCAUCGAUAUCACCGAUCCUCCCAGCGCCGGCUCAUCCAUCGAACGAUUUGCUACUUACCUACAGACUCCACAUGCCUCGGUUCCCCGUGCCAAAACUGGUUAUCUAUCCUUGAAGGCCGUUAUCCUCAUCCCCUCGUUAAACUACCAAACGUCGCCCAUCGCUACCAUCCCCCCUUCGAGCUUUGCCGACCUAUUCAACACCCACCUCCUACAUCCGAUCCUCACCAUCCAAUCCUUCCUACCACUGCUCACGUCCAGACUAACGCCCCAUGGCGAGACACCGGCGACACCCAAGGUGCUUGUCUUCACUCCAUCCAUCAUCUCCUCUAUCAACCCACCGUUCCACGCCCCAGAAGCUACCGUGUGCUCAGCCCUGUCCGCAUUUACGGAAGUGCUGACGGCCGAGCUGCGACCGCUUGGUAUCCCUGUCACGCACAUCCAACUCGGAACCUUCGACUUCACAAGCUUUACUCCAUCUCGGAACUUGUCGGCCCCCGAACUGCUCCCCGCCGCCGAGGCUCGCCAAUGGCCCGAGUCGGCGCGUCAGGCAUACGCUAAGAACUACGUCAACCAGUCCGCGUCGGUCAUUUCGGGAGGGCGCAUCCGCGGCUUGCGCGGGAGCUCGCUCCGCGACUUGCACAACACCGUAUUCGAUGUCAUCGACAGGUCUGAGCAGAGCGACGUUGUGCGCAUCGGCCUCGGCGCCGGCCUGUACGGUUUCGUCGGCCGCUGGGCUCCCCGGGGCCUCGUCUCCUGGAUGAUGGGCAUCAGGAAGGUCGACGAGCUCAGCGCCUGGGAGAGCUCCUACACCGGGAGUGGCAGCGAGAACGGCGGGAGCGAAAACGGCGAGGCCAGCCAGAACGGCGAGGCCAGCGAGUUCAUCCCCGUAACUAAGGAAGACGAAGUCGUGCACGGCGCGCACAAUGUCUGGAAAUAAUAGGAAGGGUUUUUUGCUUAUACAAGUAAACUCGGUAGUAUGCAGGCGCUUGUUCGCGGGGUAUCUAGGGUGGUUACGAAUUGUAUAUACGAAGACAUGACACUCCCUGCUAUGCUUGGGCACUCUUCACCUCUUUUCUUACACGGAUAGGAGACUGCUAGGUCGAGGAUAGACUUCCGGAAC